GGACCCUCUCGAAAGGGGCCCAAUUAGUGAACAGUUCGGGAAUUGAUGGGGUACUUUUUUUUAAAUGGCUCACACAGCCCUCUAUAAAUUUCCAUGUCCUUAGCCUCAAACUUCCUCACACACAGAAUUGUACUUUUGUUCGACCGACGUAGUCUGUCUCUAGGCGAGGCAGGUCUUGAAGAGGACCGAGAGUAAUGGCAUUGUUGCAUCAAUUAGUCCUCCUUGUAUUCCUCUUGCCCAACAUUGUCGGUGCAGCUCCCGCAUUCGUUCCUUCCUCGGCCGUUCAAGAUGCCGAAUCAGUCGUCCGAGAAGUACAUGAGAGCAUUGUCAAUGCUACUAGGAGGAAGCUGGGAUUCCUCUCCUGUGGGACUGGGAACCCCAUCGACGACUGUUGGAGGUGCGACCCCGACUGGGAGAGGAACCGCCAAAGGCUGGCGGACUGUGCGAUCGGGUUUGGGAAGCACGCAAUCGGGGGUCGGGACGGGCAGAUCUACGUGGUCACUGAUCCUGGUGAUGACGACCCCGUGAACCCCAAUCCAGGCACCCUCAGGUACGCCGUGAUCCAGAACGAGCCUCUGUGGAUCAUCUUCGCUCGCGACAUGGUGAUCAAGCUCAAGGAGGAACUCAUCAUGAACUCCUUCAAGACGAUCGACGGCCGGGGCGCGAGUGUGCACAUUGCGGGCGGCCCCUGCAUCACGAUCCAGUACGUGACGAACAUCAUAAUCCACGGCCUCAACAUUCACGACUGCAAGCAGGGUGGGAACACGUACGUGAGGGACUCGCCCGAGCACUAUGGUUGGCGGACCCUCUCGGAUGGAGAUGGGGUGUCGAUAUUCGGGGGGUCCCAUGUGUGGGUCGACCAUUGCUCGCUGUCUAACUGCAGGGAUGGGCUUAUCGACACCAUCCAUGGCUCGACCGCGAUCACCAUCUCGAACAAUUACCUGACUCACCAUGACAAGGUCAUGCUGCUUGGGCACAGUGACUCUUACACUCAGGAUAAGAACAUGCAGAUCACCAUUGCCUUUAACCAUUUUGGUGAAGGAUUGGUGCAGAGGAUGCCCAGAUGCAGACAUGGGUAUUUUCACGUGGUGAAUAACGACUACACCCAUUGGGAAAUGUAUGCUAUCGGUGGCAGUGCUUCUCCAACCAUCAACAGUCAAGGGAAUAGAUUUGUUGCUCCAGAUGGUCAGUUUGACAAAGAGGUGACCAAGCAUGAGGAUGCGCCGGAAAGCGAGUGGAGAAACUGGAACUGGAGGUCAGAGGGGGACCUGAUGGUGAACGGCGCUUUCUUCACAGCAUCUGGGGCCGGUGCGUCUUCCAGCUAUGCCAGGGCAUCGAGCUUAGGGGCGAGGCCGUCCUCGUUGGUGGGUUCAAUCACAGGCAAUGCCGGUGCACUGAGUUGCAAGAAGGGAAGGCGAUGUUAGCCCAUUCUAUGUACCAAUCUAUAACUAAACUAAAUGACUUAAGAGAAGGAGGCAUACAUAUAUAUAUAUAUAUAUAUGUAUAUAUACAUAUGUGUGUUUGAUGCCAAGUGUAAUUAUAGAACACUAGGAAUAUUUUCCUUUGUAUAUUUUCUGGUUCCUACCUUCUGCUCUGUUUCCCAGUGGCCCAAGAACCAUAGUGGGUUAUACGAUAAAAUUAGAUUGAGGAAUUGGAGCAUGAACGUUGAUCGAUCCUAUCCGAAUUUUCCUGCUA